AAUUUGUUUAAAUUAUUAGUAGCCUAAUCCUUGAAUGGUCUGAUUAUGACGGCUUCGAUUCAGAGCCUUGGUCAGACACAAGCGGUGGAGACCGAGGUUCUUCGAGUAAAAGCUACAGACGGAGACAGCACCCCAGCGAACAACGUAGUGACAUAUUCCAUGGCACCAACAUCAGAGGACUUUACUGUGACCAACUCUGGGGCUUUUAUUUUGAAGAGACGUCUGAACUACAAUGUAGUGCAAAAGUACAACUUCCUUGUGACGGCCAAGGAUAACUGGGGAUUAAAUGACACAGCCACUGUGACCAUCAACAUACUCGACUUCGAUAACGUAAAUCCGUAUUUCAGUCACAAUGUGUACCAGUCCUUGAUUCCAGAGAAUCAGGUGGGGCCUUUCCAGACCAUUGAGCCAGAGGCGAUAAAGGCUCAGGAUGGGGACACCGGGAUCAACACGACUGUAACUUACAGCAUCAGUGCAGUGUCUCCAGACAAGUAUCGGGGAAACUUCGACAUUGACCCGAGCAGUGGAGUUGUGACUGUGCUGACUGCUUUAGACAGAGAGGAGAUGAGCAGCAGCGUGAUCUCUGUCAGCAUCAAGGCGGCCCAGACUGACGACAGUUUGAAGACGGCGGAUGCUGUGGUGUCCGUCACUGUCGAGGACGUGAAUGAUAAUCCUCCAGAGUUCGACCAGCCCGAAUACUCUGUAACACUUCUGGAAAAUUCUCCUGUUGAUGCCGUUCUGUUCAAAGCCGUCGUCACCGACCUGGACCAGGGAGGAUUCGUGGGAGAGUUGCAAAUCCUACCAGAAUCUUCUCCUUUCUCUAUCGGCGCCGAUGGGACGGUCAGAGUGAAGAACUCCACAGUUCUGGACAGAGAAACGACUGAAAGAUUUACAUUUCAGAUAAAGGCAACUGAGACGGAUCCACCCACAAAUUUUGCAGAAGUGCAAGUCAGUGUAACUCUUCUGGAUGAGAAUGACAACAGCCCCGCGUUCACCAGUACGAAGUAUGAGGGAAAAGUGUUUGCAAAUCAAACAGUGGGAAUGUCUCUGGUCCAGGUUAAGGCAGAAGAUCCAGAUGCUGAUAAGAACGGGCAGAUCAAAUACUCUAUUGAGUUUGGCAACAAUGACGGAUACUUCUCAAUUGAAGAAAACAGUGGGGACAUCACGCUGGCUAAAAUCAUUCCCCUGGUGGAGAACAAGAUAUUGGCGUUCCCUCUCUACAUAACAGCCACAGAUGGUAGAUCUGAGUAUCCAAUUGGUGUUCACGGACACAAACCUUUAUUUGCUCCAACUCUCUAUCGCACUUAG